AUGUCCCAGAAAGCCGAAGUAAAUCUCACCGGAGCUAAAGAAAGUAAAAACGUGUGGCUUGUCAAGGUUCCCAAGUAUUUGGCUCAACAGUGGGACAAAGCGACAGAGAAUGGGGAGGUGGGGAAGAUUACAAUUGAAAAAAAGCACGACAAAACUCAGGUUUGUUUCAGCCUGGACGAAGAGCUGACAACUGUGAGUGCUGGAGGGGAAAGUGAUUCUCCUCUGCAGGUCCCAAGAGAGCAUCCCUUCACCAUGAACUCACUGGGUGGACAAACCAUGGCAGUCUUCAGCCAGGAUGAUAAAGAUGAAAUCAGUCUGGAGGGGAUGGUGGUACACAGAGCUGAAUGCAGACCCGUCGUCACUGACAACUACAUGAAGCUGAAGAAGGUUCAAAUGAAGGAGUCCUUGAAGCCUCAGCGUUUGUCACAGAAGCUUGACCGAGCCAUCACGACCGUCUUCAAGCCUGUGGCCAACCACGACUUUAACGUGGAAUAUGAAAAGAAGAAGAAAUCCGAGGGCAAGAUGGUGAGAGCUGAGCGACAGGUGGUGUUGGACAUGCUUUUCGCUGCCUUUGAGAAGCAUCAGUAUUACAACAUAAAAGACCUGGUGGACAUCACCAAGCAACCUGUGACCUACCUGAAAGAGAUCAUGAGGGAAAUUGGAACAUACAACAGCAAAGGUGCUCACAAAAGCACAUGGGAGCUGAAAGCAGAGUACAGGCACUACCACUCUGCUGAGGAAGAAGAGAUGCAGACAGCCUAACAAUGUUUCAAGUUACUUUUAUCCUGCCAGCAUGGUACACACUUGUUGCUUCAAUUACGCUGGUAUAUUGGGAGUACAAUAAAGUUUG